GCAAAAUUCCUGCGAUUUUCCCUUGUUCUAAACGGGGCCUAAGUUCCAAGGAAGGACUAGAGAUGCUAUGCGGUGAUGCCAAAUCCCAAGUCACCAAGGUGCUCUUAGGUAGUCUCAAAUCGCAAGUCACAAAAGUUCUUCCCUUGUUCAGUCCAAGCAUAACGAGGCCUUGUUUCAUCACGUGAACAAAUAUUCCAUUGCACACAUGGUACGUAAAGUGCUACCGAAUUGGAGCAAUAAAUCCGAAGGCUGCACUGCACAGCUCCAUUAAUCCCAUUGCUCCUAAUCCAAUGUCGUCCCGGCCAGCCGUCGACCCCGAGUCGUCCCCGGCGGCGCAGCAGGCUCCACUGCUCGGCAAUGGAGACGGCCGGACACAAACAACAACCGUCCUAGGCAAGGCUCUGAGCAGCACCGCGGACCUCGCGAAGCACCUCCCCACCGGCGCCGUGCUGGCCUUCGAAUUCCUCUCGCCGACCUUCACCGCCGACGGCACCUGCACGGCCGCCAACCGCGCGCUCACCGGCUGCCUCAUCGGCGCCUGUGCCCUCUCGUGCUUCCUCCUCUGCUUCACCGACAGCUACCGCGACGAGACGGGCACCGUGCGCUACGGCUUCGUCACGCCCAGCGGCCGCCUGAGACUCAUCGACGGCGCCCAGCAGAUGCCACCGCGGGACGAGAGAUACCGGCUUCGCGCGAGGGACGUGCUGCACGGGGUGCUGUCGUUCGUGGUGUUCCUGGCCGUGGCCAUGGUGGACAGCAACGUCGUGGCGUGCUUCUACCCCGUGGAGUCCGCCACGACGAGGCAGCUGCUCGCCGCAGUGCCCAUGUCUGCCGGAGCGGCGGGGAGCUUCCUGUUCGCUAUGUUCCCGUCCACGCGCCGGGGAAUUGGCUUCCCCGUCGCAGGCACGUCAUGAAUCAAUAUUGUUUUAUUUCGGAAACAAUUCGCACACCACCAUAGCCACCGAGAAAUUUCCGCUUCAGUUGGUGUUAGUUUCUCUACAUUUUCCUCUAAAAUUUGUGCUUUGACCUACAACAUAUUACCAGGAAGUGAGAGCUAUACUUUGUCUUACCUCUUCCGGUCUUAAUUCCAUUUGAUGGAAAAAUGAUGUGCUAACUGGAUACAAGAACAAGCAA